UGAACUGGAAAGCUCAACGCGUUCCAGCUCAACGUUGGGCUGGAACGCGUGGGUGUAAUGAUAAAGGCUGUAAAGGUAAGCCGCUCACUCUUCGCAAAUCGAAGUGGGUGAGCUUCGGGGCGAAAGAGCCCACAUCGCUUGCAAUACAAAAGGGAGGCAGGAAAAAAAACCGCCGGCGAGUCAAGCAACAAGGCAGAAAGGAGAAAACAGACCUGCUGCUGUCUAGACUCAGCAAACCGGGGAGUCUUCUAGACUUGUCGGCACUAAGAAGGAAAGAAGAGAGGGGCGUCUUUUAAACGCGAGUAUCCAGUGUGGAUAACUAGCUGGCUUGAUCUGCUCCAGAUGGGAAACCGAGGGUCGCCUUCAUCCUGCUGCUUUCCCAACUGAGACUGCUUUCUUCUGUUCAGUGCUGGCUUUAUGGGGUUUGAAUCUCGUGGUCAUCUCUAUUAUCCACCACAUUACCAGAAGAAACAAUGAGUUGAUCAAAUGACUUGAGGCAUGACUCCAGAACAGCCACAUGCUGAAUGUGGCAACCAUGCUCCCACAGGGACUGCAGCCUUGGAGGAGGCAGUUCCGUUGGUCCAGCCCGUGUGUGCAUUUCUUUGUCUUGACUGUUGUGACAUUUGGCGUGCUAGCUCCAUUGACUUGUCAGCAACUCCUCCAUUCCUAUUUCUACAUGAGACACUGGUACCUGAACUCAAUGAGUCAAGAGUUCCUCCAGCAGAACCAAGAGGAUGGCCUGAGUGCCCUCCACUAUUUUGAGAGACUGCAGACUCCAAAUUCAUCUGAGAAGGUGGCCAGUGAAGCCUUCCAGCCCUGGUUGCUAAUUACCAUCAUCACGGUGCAGAGGCGUCCUGAGUUCCACUACGUCCUUCAAGUGGCAUCCCGCUUCCACCGCCUCCUCCAGGAGUGUGGCCCUUCUUGCCAACACCACCGGAUCUUGCUUUGUAACGUAGAAGCAGAUCCCAGCAGCCACCAGGAUGCCAAGCUCCUAGCUAAAUCCUUUCCUGUGGUGAACCGCUAUGGUAGGCGUGAGAAUUCGGUCCUUUCACUGAACCGGUUUGAAAAAGAGAAGCAGGAUUACGCUUACUGUCUUGAGAGAUCGCUCCAGACCUACAAUCCGAAGUACGUGCUGCUGGUGGAAGAUGAUGCUAUCCCGGAGGAGGAGAUCUUUCCAGUACUCCAUCACCUGUUGCAGAUGCGGUUCUCAAAGCCCCACCUCCAAAACGCCCUUUACGUGAAGCUCUACCACCCUGAGCGACUACAGCAUUAUAUCAACCCAGAACCCAUGAGGAUCCUAGAGUGGCUUGGAAUAGGGAUGUUCUUGGGGUCCCUCUUGGGCUUUCUGUACUCCUGGACAUCUUGCCGCUCUGCCCUCAGUUGGCCCAUUGUGCUGUUCUUUGCCCUGUAUAGCAUGCUGCUGGUAGAACUGGUGGGCCGCCAUUAUUUUUUGGAGCUUCGCCGCUUGGCCCCUCCACUCUACAACAUAGUGCCCGUGACAGAGUGCUGCACCCCUGCCAUGCUGUUCUCUGCUCCUUCUGCCCACCGUGUCUUGGGUUACCUGAAGGAGCUACGCUGUCGCCCUGGCUUUGCCAAAGAUACUGCCCUUUAUUCCCUAUUGCGUACCAUGAGUGAGCGGGCGUUUGUGGUGGAGCCCAAUUUGGUCCGGCAUGUGGGGAUGUUUUCUAGUAUCAGGCUGAGUGACAACCCCAAGCUGCUUUGACGCUUCAAGGCUUGUUUAAAAACUGCAACAGAUGAACUGAAGCCCCCUGUGAGGUCUCCGUAGCUGGGCCAUACUAUUUUAGACUGCAGGUUCUGAUUUUCUUUGAAUGGUCCUUCACAUAAAUUGCACUCCAAAAGUACAAAACUAACAAGUCAGGGAGAGGGUUCUAGCAAUAUUAGUUUUCUAUGAGUUUUUCGUAUAUAGGGCAGGGUUAUUUAUUUAUUUGAUUUCUGAUUUUCCCAGUGACGUCUUCCCAGGUGGCGACGUGGGACUCUCCAGAUGUUGCCGAACUACAACUCCCAUCAUCCCCAGCUAUAAUAAAUUGUGGCUGGGGUGAUGGAAGUUGUUGUUCAGCAAGAUCUGGAGAGCUGUACAUUGCCUACCCCUGACAGGGUAUGCAUGGGGUGCAUAAAAACAUCAACACCACUUUGAAUCUGAAAUGGUGCAGUCUUGUAGUCGGUAAUCACAUGUAGCUCUGAGUUACGUCUUUUGCAGUAAAACAGUAAGAGAUUAGGAAGCUCUGUGGCUGAUAGCGUUAUCAGAGAUGGUGCUGUAAUAAGUGUGUGUGUGUGUGUGUGUGUGUGUGUGUGUGUGUGUGUGUGUGUGUGUAAGUGUGUAAGAGACUCUCCAUUGAGAGGCAUUAGUUGUCUUUCUAGAAGACAAAAUAUUGUACAACUGCCUUAGCUUUCCAAAUACCGACAGCAAUAUUCAGGGAAGAGGAUGGAUCUGUCAUUAUCCCAACACCUAUUUUUCCAUGUAUCUCAUCUAUAUUGCUUUCACUCAGAGCCAAUCUGUGUGCUUUUGCUAGCAUGGUGCACUCGUUUCGUGGGAAUGCACCAAUUUAGAAUUCACAUGAGAACGUGCUCAAUUCAAAUUGUAACAUUGCCCUACAUGUGCAAAUCCUUCACAUUGGGGAGCGGGCUGUAUUAACCACUGUGGCCCCAGAAGAUCUGAAAAGGCCAGCUGAUCUUUGUAUUCUUGCUAGAUCCAUUUCCAUCUCUCUUGCUUGUCUCCAACCAUGGUAUGUGUUCCUCAAAAUAGGAAGUCCAGAGGUAUUUCCAUCCAGUGACCCACCACAAUCAAUCACUUGCUUUCUUGACCACCAACUAUUCAAAAUACCAGUUGGACGAUUAGCACCACUUGGAAGUUGACCUAGAGGGAAAUGGAAGAGUCCCACCCUGCUUUCCCCACAUUUCCUCUGCAUUGACCAUCUCUUGCCCCAGGUGCUCGUCUUUCUGACUUCCUCCUUACUUUUUCUUGGUAAUGUGUUUCUUAACAAGUAUGCGUGCCUUAUCCAGAUACACAGCUUCUGAGAAGCAUUUUCAGGCUGUUUUUGCACUCUGAUAAUCUGUGUGAACAAUAGGGAUGGGCCCGGACCGGUCCGGAGGCCAUUGUAAAGGCCUCCAGACCGGUCUGGACCUGGGCGGUCUGGUUCGGGGGCGGG